AUGCCUCGAUCCUUUCUGGUGAGGAGCUGCCGGCCCCAGCCUCGAGACUGGGGCCACAUCACUGACCAGCACCGAGGAGAUGCCUAUAUCCCAGACUGCAACUUGGACCUUUGGCUGGCUGAUCAAGGAGGCCCCAAAGGGGAGUCCCCAGGCAGAAAAACCUCAAAUAGCCCAUCCUGCCUGCCACCCAACAGUGGGGAGUCCCAAGUGCUGAUGAGCACCCCCAGCUCAUUAGACAACUCCCCCAAUGUGUGCUGGUGGGGGAGAGGGCUUGGCUCUCAGGGCCUGGUCCAAGAGGUAUUCAAAGUUGAGCAGACUCCUGCAUCAGGGCAGGCUCCUGUGGGGUUGAGCUGCCCUCUCUGCCCUAAAGUCUUCCCACUUCAGCGCAUGUUAACCCGCCAUCUCAAAUGCCACAAUCCUGCCCGGCGACAUGUGUGCAGCUGCUGUACCAAAGGUUUUCAUGAUGCUUUUGACCUCAAGCGACACAUGAGGACCCAUACUGGAAUCCGGCCAUUCCGCUGUGCAGCCUGUGGCAAAGCCUUCACCCAGCGGUGCUCCCUUGAGUCCCACCUGGGGAAAAUCCAUGGGCAACCACCCCGCUAUGGCUACAGAGAGCGCCGGGAGAAACUCCAUGUUUGUGAAGACUGUGGGUAUACAAGUGCCCGCACGGAGGACUACACUCAGCACCGGGCCCUGCACCCAGGCCGACCCUCAUCCCUGGGGGUUCCCUACAGCUGA